UAUAAAUGGCCAUGAACGUGUUGUCUCGACUAGUCACUUCCUCAAGAGUCUUAUCAUCAAACGUUACGCUUUCGUUUUCUCAAUUUCCCAACAAAACCCAAAAGCUUCUACCUCCAAAGAGAGAAAGAAAUAGGAUAUUAUCUCCGCUUGUGUGUAAGAGCGAUGGCAUCUGAAAAACAAAAACAAGGAGAAGUUCAACCUGGCAAAGAACACGUCAUGGAAUCAAGUCCACAGUUCUCUAGCCCAGACUACCAACCGUCUAACAAACUUCGUGGAAAAGUGGCGCUGAUAACAGGCGGAGACUCAGGGAUUGGCCGAGCCGUGAGUUACUGUUUUGUACUUGAAGGUGCAACAGUGGCUUUCACUUACGUGAAGGGUCAAGAGGAAAAAGAUGCACAAGAGACCUUACAGAUGUUGAAGGAGGCAAAACCCUCAGAGGCUAAGGAUCCGAUCGCGAUUCCAACGGAUUUAGGAUUUGAUGAGCACUGCAAGAGGGUCGUUGAUGAGGUUGUUAAUGAGUUUGGACGCAUCGAUAUCUUGAUCAACAACGCAGCUGAGCAGUACGAGAGCAGCUCGAUCGAGGAGAUCGAUGAGCCAAGGCUUGAGCGAGUCUUCCGUACGAAUAUUUUCUCUUUCUUCUUCCUCACAAGGCAUGCGUUGAAGCAUAUGAAGGAAGGAAGCAGCAUAAUCAACACAACUUCGGUAAAUGCUUACAAAGGAAACGCAUCACUUCUUGAUUACACCGCUACAAAGGGAGCGAUUGUGGCGUUUACUCGAGGUCUUGCACUUCAGCUCGCUGAGAAAGGAAUCCGUGUGAAUGGUGUAGCUCCUGGUCCUAUAUGGACACCACUUAUCCCAGCCUCGUUUAAUGAAGAGAAGAUUAAGGGUUUUGGUUCAGAGGUUCCAAUGAAACGAGCCGGGCAGCCUAUUGAGGUUGCACCUUCCUAUGUUUUCUUGGCUUGUAACCAUUGUUCCUCCUACUUCACCGGUCAAGUUCUUCAUCCCAACGGAGGAGCUGUUGUGAACGCGUAAACAAUGAAACACCCUCGACAGUACUGUCAUGUCCACACGGCCGUCUAAAGACGUAUGCGGUCUCAGCAUGGUGUUAAAACUUGUGGCAUCGUUGUUGGUUUAUAUAGGGGUUUCUUUUGUUAAUGUAAGUGUUGUUAUGGGAAAAACGUACUUUAUGUAAUCUGGUGGAAGUAGCAACAAAAAAACGUUGAAAUAAAAGACUUCCUUAAUCCAAGUUAUGAUUAUGGUUUAAAUUUUACAUAAAUAUUUAGAGA